AUGUCGAGAAGGAAACCGAAAGCAAUAUUCAUGGCCUUCGGAACUAAAGGCGAUGUUUACCCUCUUGCUGCCAUUGCAGCAGCUUUUGCUAGUGAUCAGAAACAAUACAAUGUCAUUCUAAUAACUCAUUCGGCACACGAGAGCUUAAGUUCUCACUUGGGUGAAAAACACGUUGAGUUUUGCGCAGUUUCAUCGCCUCCGGUUCUUUCUGCGGAUCAGAAUGAUGAUAUUGAAGGGGAGGCAAAGUCAUCGUUUUUAUUGCAGAAGAAGAAAAUUACCAGAGAUCAUAGACGGGAGUGUUUUUCUCUAAUUGAAAGGAUAUUUGGAGAUGAACCAAGCUUGGAUGGGGAUCUUAUUGUGAUAAAUUUUUUUGCAUUGGAAGGGUGGAGUCUUGCAGAGUGUUUUUCUAUCCGCUGCAUUGUAGCUGCACCUUAUGUUGUUCCAUACAGUGCACCUGCAACAUUUGAAAGACAGUUCCAAAGAGAAUUUCCUCUUCUGUAUAAAUAUCUUAUUGAAGCUCCUGCUGGUAAGGUUUGUUGGAAGGAUGUGGAUCAUUGGAUGUGGCCCCUUUUCACAGAAAAUUGGGGAGCAUGGAGAAAUGACGACUUGCAUCUGAGUCCAUGUCCCUUUACUGAUCCAGUUACAGGCAUUCCUACUUGGUAUGAUCGGCCACAAUCUCCUCUUGUGAUGUAUGGCUUUAGUAAAGAAGUUGUUGAAUGUCCUGCAUAUUGGCCAUCAAGAGUGCGGGUUUGUGGUUUUUGGUUCCUUCCUAUUGAAUGGCAGUUUUCAUGUACGAAAUGCAGAGAAACAUUGUUAUACAAUUCAGCAAGACAUCAAUAUGAAAAAGAUACCUUAUGUCCCCGUCAUUUAGAGUUGCAAAAUUUUGUAAAGGCUACACCGAUUUUCAUUGGGUUGAGUGCUAUUGGAAGCAUGGGUUUUCUAAAAGAUCCUCAUUCAUUUAUCAGUGUUCUUCGGACUGUCCUGAGCACCACAAAUUAUAAAUUUAUUCUCUUUACAGGUGGAUAUGAACCUUUAGAGUCGGUGGUUCGCACAAUUGCUAGCGAAGCAACAUUAGACCAGAAUAGUUUGAGUGAAGAUUGUCUCUCUCUUUAUAAUGGCCGGUUGUUUUGUUUUUUUAGUUCCAUACCGUAUAGUUGGCUUUUCCCAAAAUGUGCUGCUGUGAUUCACCAUGGUGGCAGUGGAACUACUGCUGCUGCAUUACAGGCAGGCACACCACAGGUAGUGUGCCCUUUUGUGCUAGAUCAGUUUUAUUGGGCUGAAAGAAUGCAUUGGCUCGGUGUUUCACCUGAACCGCUCAGUAGAAAUCAUUUACUUCCUGAUAAAAAUGACGACAGAAGUAUCCAAGAAGCUGCACAUGUACUAUCACUUGCGAUCCACGAUGCAUUAUCAUCGAGAGUGAAAACACGAGCUGCAGAAAUUGCUGAAAAAAUAUUUCUUGAGGAUGGUGUAUCAGAGACAAUUAAGUACCUCAAGGAAGAGCUGAGCUUGAAUUGA